GACGUACUUGUCAAUCCAGUUAUUGUUGCCGGCCCAUACAUAGCAAGAUUGUGUGUGGACGUAAACUAUCUGGAUUUUCAUGGAUCACGCAGUUUAACACUGUGUAUCACCCCGUGACCUGGUUGCCAUAGAGCCAGUCGGACCAUGGCCGGCGGUGUGGGGGAGAGCCAGCUUCAGAGGAUUAUCAGAGAUCUGCAUGAUGCUGUUGCUGAGCUCACUAAAGAGUACAGGGAGAAUAGGGAGCCAAUCACAGAUGAUAGUCCCAAUCUGCAGAAAUUCUCCUACAAACUGGAGUACCUUCUACAGUUUGACCAGAAGGAGAAGACAACAUUUCUUGGCACCAGAAAAGACUACUGGGAUUAUUUCAGCGACUGUCUGGCCAAGAUCAAAGGAGCCAACGAUGGUAUCCGCUUUGUCAAAUCCAUCCCUGAGCUGAAGACUUCUCUGGGGAAAGGCAGGGCUUUCAUUCGUUACUCCCUGGUGCACCAGCGACUGGCCGACACGCUGCAGCAGUGCCUGAUGAACCAAAGGGUGACCAGUGACUGGUACUAUGCUCGCAGCCCCUUGCUGAAAUCCCACCUCAGUGUUGACAUUGUAAGUCACCUGUAUGAGCUCAACGAGAUCCAGUUUGACGUGGCUUCCAGGGGUCAUGACCUUGACUCGUCCUGGCCCACCUUUGCACGGAGGACACUGGGCAUGCCCAACUCACCUGGCCACAUGUGGAAACCACCCAGUCGCAGCUCCAGCAUUAACAGCCUGGCCAGCACAUACUCACAGCACGCUCAUGAGUUCCCCGGCAGUCCUGAGUACGGCCCGGGCAUGCUGAGCGAGCUGAACGAGUCGCUGCCUUCCGGCGUGGAGGUGAGCAUGUUGGACGAGCUCCGCCUGGAGCUGGACCAGUCAGAGCUGAAGCAGCGGGAGCUCCAGGACAGGGUGCGCCUGAUGGGGGAGGAGGGUGCUGAGCUCAAAGGCGUGGUGGUGGAGCUCCAGAGGCAGCUGGAUGUGUCGCUGACCGCACAGGAGGAACAGCAGGGUAUGCAAGGGACCCUGAAAGCCCUGGAGAGGCGUGAGGAGGCCUUGUCCCACGAGCUGGAGACCCUGAGGGCUGGGGAGAGGGCCAGGGAAGCAGAACAGCGCCACCUCCAGGAGAAGCUGGUGGCCGCAGAGGGGAAGAACGUAGAACUAAUGGCCAAGCUGGACGGUGUGUUGGAUGAGAAGGGCCAGCAGGUGACCAGCUAUUUUGACUCAGCACAGAAGAUCCACGAGCUGCUGGACAGACUGAAGGAGGCAGAGGGGGGGAAGAUAGAGGCUCUGGCAGAGGGAGAGGAUAGGAGGCGGCAGGCCGAGAAGCUGGCAAAUGAGCUAAGGGUCAAGGAGGUGGCAGCAAAGGAGGAUGAGGCCAAGCUGGAGGCGCUGUCAAAGUCUGCUGCAGAGGAGAAGUCUAAGUUCGCAGAGUGUGCAGAGGAGCAGUGUAUAGCCAUUGACAAGCUGCAGGGGGCAUUGACUUUGAGGGAGAAGGAGGCCAGCAACCUGCAGAGGCAGCUGCAUGACCUCCAGAGUGCUCUGGAAGAAAGGGAGAUACAGGCCGAGGAGGCCAGGGACAGGGCGCAGGAAGAGAAAGAGGAGAUCCAGGGAAGCAUGGGCAAUCUGAAAGAAGCCUUGGAGGUGGAACUCCUCUACCUGAAGAAGCAGUUGAAGACCAGAGAGGCGGAGCUGCUCUCCAGCACCCAGAAGCUCCAGCACCUGGAGGUCCAGAGCCAUAGCCUGACCACAGAGCGCGAUGGCCUGAGCACCAACCUCUCAGAACUGGAGUCCAGCGUCAGGGAGCAAGCCAAUAGGAUCGAGGAGUACAAGACCCAGUGCACCAACCUGAUGGAGCUGAACGGGAAGUUGCUGGGCACAGUGAAGAGGAAUGAGGAGCUGAAGAAGGAGCUGGCAGAAAGCCGGGUAGCCCUUGAGGGUGAGGUGGCUGCUCUGAGGGCCUCUGACAAGCAGUUGAGGAGCCAGCUGGACGACGCCAAAGUGACUGUGGAUGAGAAGGACAGGAGGCUGCGUGAGGAGAACCGGGCCUUGGACGAGAGUCUGCAGAGGGCAGCCAUGGCUGCCGAGGUGUCAGACGCCGCCGGCAAACGGCUGGAGCAGGAGAACCUAGGCCUGAGGGAGGAGCAGGCCACAGUGAGGGCGGCCCUGAGCUCCAUGCAGGAUGAGCUGAAGGCCAUCCAUGGGCAGAUCGGAGAGCUGGAGAAGAGCUUGGGUCGGUCCCGCCGGAGUGAGGCCAGCCUGCAGGAGCAGCUCAAAGACCGGCAGGCACAGCUCGAGAACAAGGAGAAGGGCUGUGUAGAGCUCCAGGCCAGGGUGGAGGCCCUAGAGGCCAGGGGUAGGGCACUGGAGAAGGCUAAGACAGAUGCAGAAAAGGCCUGCGCCAAAAAGACAAAGCUGAUAGAGAGGGUCACCACCGAGAAGCAAACGGUGGAGAGAACCCAGCUAGUGAGGAGCUCUGCCCAGGCCAAGGAGAGCCAGGAGAUAACCGCCAAAAUGACCAUGGUAGAGGGCCAGCUGGAGGUGAACAUGAAGGAAGUGACCAGGCUCCAGGCAGAAGUGUUGGAUCUGAGGGUGCAGCUGAACACCUCUGCGGAGGACAGGAUGAGGAGCCAGGCCCAGCUGGAGGUGACGGAGGCCCAGAGAGACGAACUCAGGACCCUAACGGAGCAGCUUAAAGCCCAGACCGAGGCACUCAACCAGAGGCACGUAGCCGAGCUCCUGCAGUGCAAUGAGAGGGAAGAGGCACUGAGCAGGGAGCGUGACCGGGUGGAGGCAGCCACCAGGGCAGAAUUGGCUGCCGCUGAGGCCUCCGCUAGAGGAGAGCUGGCCACACUCAAGACCCAGAACGAGAGGCUGGCCAUGGAGAAUGCUGAGACACGCGAGAGCCUCCACCGGGCCAAUACAGAGAUGGCAGAGCUUGGGAUGACCAUAUGUAGACUGACGGCAGAAAGGGAGGAGGCCAAGGAAGGCUGGGCGGGGGAGGCAGGCAGGAUAGGGGAGCUAGAAGAGCGGACGUCCAGGGAGGUGGAGCGGCAGGAGGCUUGCAUGGCCGCCCUUCGCCAGGAGAACGCCAGCCUGAGAGAGGAGCUGAGGAUGAUGGAGAACCUUCCGGCAGCCAUGCUGGAACUCCAGGAGAAGCUGGAGAAGGCGGAGGGCCAGGUGAGGAGCCUCAAAGACUCAAGUCGGGAGGAGAUGGAGGCGGUCAAAUUCCAGAUGAGCUCCGAGAGCAUGAAUCAUCAGAACCAGAUCAAGAGUGUGAAUGAUGAGCUGGGGAAACUGAGAGUCCAGCUGCCAAAAGAGCAGGAAAAGGUGUCCGGUCUGGAGGCCAAAGUCUCAGAGUUAGAGGGGGUGAAUGAGGAGUACUCACGGCUGAUUGGAGAGAAGGAUGCUCACAUCACAAAGUCCGAAGCAGCCAUUUGUCAGAGUGAGGGAGAGAUUCAGCACCUAAGAGACUCUGUCACCAGUGCUGAGGAGGCUCUCUCAACGGUCCAGGCGGUGUGUGAGGAGCUAAAGCAGAAACUGGAGCAGGCCGAGGUGGACAAACGUAGUUAUUACCUUAGGACGACCGCAGAGAUCGACGACCUAUACCGAACCAAGAGCACCCUGGAGGAGCGCCUCAUCGAACUUAUCAAGGAUAAGGAUGUUCUGUGGCAGAAAUCGGACGCUCUGGAGUUUGAGCAGAAGCUGUGGGCAGAGGAGCGGUUGUUGCAGGACAAGGAGACCACCCACUGCCUGGGCUGCCAGGCCCAUUUCACCUGGUGGUUACGCCGACAUAACUGCAGGCUGUGUGGACGUGUCUUCUGCUACUACUGUAGUAACAACUUUGUGAUGACCAAGCACAGUGGGAAGAAGGAGCGUUGCUGCAGGGAGUGUUACUCCCAGCACAGCGCCGUGGUGGAGAGGUUCACCGAGGGUGAGCUGAGCCCCUCCGAUACCCAGCCACCUCCCCUCAGUUUUGGGCCUCACUCACCCCCCGAACCAGCCCCCUACAAACCCACUCCCAGGGUUAAAGUGUCGGACCCCAGUGCCAAGUCUGAUGACGCGGCCUAUGACAUCAUCACGCAGGAGGAAGUGAAUGGGACCUACGACAGUGACUCACUGUCCCAAACAACAGGCGGUUCACUGGAGGGAGAACAGGACACACGGCCACUGGGGGCGCUAGACAUAGGCACAGGAGCAGUGUCCCCAGACGACCCGGAAGAGAAUGUACCCACUGUGCAGGACACAGAGAUCACCCUUCUCAAGUCUGGAGAAGUCACGCUGGUUGUCCCUCUCAGCAUCGAAGACAUCUCUCAGUUUGGCGAUGGCUCCCGAGAGCUCUUUGUCAAGUCCAGUUGCUACAGCGUGAUCAACAUCGCCGUGGUCGAUUGUGGGCCUACCGUGAGUUGGGUGUUCUCCUCGGAGCCCAAGAGCAUCUCUUUCAGCGUGGUGUACCGUGAGACCACCGAUGUCCCGGUGGAACAGUCCAAGGUGCUGAUUCCUCUGACUCGCUGUAACUCUCACAAAGAGACCAUCCAAGGCCAGCUGAAAGUCAGGAACCCUGGUCUCUACACUCUCAUCUUUGACAACUCCUUCUCAAGGUUCAUCUCAAAGAAAGUCCUCUACCACUUGACAAUCGAGAAGACGAUUAUAUACGAUGGGAGUGACUUCUAAGUCUGGAUAAUGGAUACUUACGCAGGGUGGAGGUUAUAGUUUUUUUUCAAAUGCGUAUUUGUUUCUGGAUGCCCCACCAAGUACACUAUUUUAUGUUUGGUUUUGCUCUUAUAUAUAUAUUUAAAAAAAAAAGUUUUUGUUGGAUCCCUAUAUUUUUAACACUAAUGUUUUUAUGUUUUGAGUGUGUUGGUCAUGUUUUAGUUAGAGCACUACAGACAUGGUGGUUGUUUUGAACUAAUGGACUCUUCACAUAGAGUAUGUGGUGAAACAAACGUACAGAUGUAGGGUCUUAAUUUGAUUACCCUCUUGCAGGAGAACUUUCAUGAAAUGUAAAACCUGUUGUGUAUUUGAGGCUUAAAGAGGCUUCUAAAGUUUGUUGUUUCCACUUUUACAUUUCAGACUUGAUUUUCCCUUACAAAAAUCUAUCAAACCCUAAAGAAAUGCCAAUUAAUUAUAAUUCACAUUUUCUGUUGCUGCAGGAUUAUUUUCCUGCUGUAGCAAACGGGGUCCAAAUUUAGAUCCUACAUCUGUAGGAAAACCAGGAAUUCAAAACUUAACCACAGGUGAAGAGUUAAAAGGGUAGCCUUAUGAGUUCACUACAUGGUCUUGUUAAACAGAGAUAGAGAGGUUAUUGCGUACACAUUUAUACAAUGUUAUUAGCUAUGAUUGUUUUCUAUCAUGGACUAACACAGUGUCCACAAGUAAGAUGACACUUAUUGAGCAACUGCUCACAUUGUAAUCACACAAUACAGAGGACAAUACUGAACAAAAUAGCAUAUUUUUCAUGCUACAAAAACAUGAAUAAUGUUAAUAAAACAAGUACAGCUAGACUACAUUAUGUUUAGGAGGAGGCAGUUACUUUGUGUCAUCCUCAAAUGCUGCCAGGCUGAAGGGAAGAUAAUUGUGUGGGGGGAAAAUGGGCACUAAGUAAUACAAGAGAUUGAAAGCUUUGCUACCAAUUGCUUGUGUCUGUGGGAGCUUUUGAAGCCUUCUGUUUAAACGAAUUGAACUCAGACUCAUGGGUUAUACACUAUAGAGGAACUCUCUUCGACCGUUAAUAGGCUUUCCUCAAGUUUUUCCAUAGUUUCAAGAUUUCAAAUGAAAGACUGCAAUAUUUAUUUGAAUGUAAAAAGCACGUGGGGAGCAUUUAUAUCCCAAAAGGAUCGUUUUUAAGAAAUCAAUUUUCAAAUGGUUUUGAUGCAAAAUAAUGUUUAAUGAUAAUUUCAUUAAGAUAACUGCAACAUAAUAAUUUGGUUGUAUUGCUUCAAUAUUAUACAGCACACUAUCAACUAACAUGAUCUAUUACUGUGACCUAUAAGAACAAUGUCACUUACUGACAAAGCAAGUGCCAACUUUUGCCUAUAGGAGAUAAGUUCCCCUUCAACAUAGUUUUGAAUUAUGUUUUGAUUACAAAAGACACAUAUAAAAUUGCACUUUAAAGAAAAAAAAUUACGAUUUUCCAAGUGUGGAUUUACACGUGUUUUGCAUAGCCAGUUCUUGCUAUAGUCCGCAUCUUUGAGAAUACACUGCUGUGCCCAGGGCUUAUACUCUUUUGUGUUUAGGCUAUCCUCCCUGAGCACCUCAAGGCAUAGUGUAGUGUACCACGGCAAGCUUAUGUUUGUGUAAGGUCUCUUUGGAUAAGAUCUGGAUUGAGCAUAACAGCAGGCCUAUAGAUUAUAUACCAUCAUAGGAAUAUGAUUUCGUUAUGUUUCGUUAUAAGGGAUUUUAGUAUUUUGUUAUAGCCAUACAUUUUAGAUACCGUGUAUAAAUAGGACAUCUGUUUUUUUGUUCUUGUAAGGAUCAUAAGUGUUGAUAUUUUCCUUUGUAUGUAUUAUAGUAUCUGAAAGCAAUAAGGAAUGACAUCUCAGUCAUACCAUCAGUCAAGGAGGCGACCAAUGUUCUUCACUAAUGAAGCCAGCUCUGGGGUGAAUUUUCCUUUAGUACAGAUCUAGGAUGAGCUUCCCCUCCACCAGUCAUAACCUUAACCCUUAGUGAGGAAAAUUUCAACACUGACCCAAGAUCAGAUUCUAGGGGCAACUUCACCCUACCUACACCAAUGGGGCUCAGUAACUACAUCGAAUGCUGCUUUUACAGAGAACUGUUUUCCAUUUUUAUUGGGAGCUUUUCUUUUGUAUUUUAUAAGUGGUCUAAAUGUGUGCGAUUUGUAUACAAAGCCUCAUAUUUUCUCUACAGUUUUGCACUUUUGGAUUGAAUUUAGCAAUAAUAAUGAUUUACAAUGUCACAAGGAAUAGUAUUUUGAUAGUACUUUCUGGUGUUUGUAAAAGUGAUUGUGCAGGGAAAAAUAUCCUAUCUUUUUUAACAAACUGAGGGCUUUCAAGUCUGCCACCAGCAUCAUGUGACUUCAGUGAAAUCCACAUGACCCUAUUCUUUAUCUAUGCAGUCACUAUGAUGUAAAAACAUGUACAGUUCAACUUAAAAAUAAAGUUUGUUAAUGAUGUCACUCUCUUCCUCCUCCUAACUCCUCACACCUGUUCCAGGUUGGAAGUCUUUAGCCCUGUUUAUAUCUGGUGCUGGUAUCUGGUGCUAACAUGCACUGGGUAUAACAUGCAUCUUGUCCACAUUCUGAUUGGGCUCACAGUUUUAGACAGAAGUAUUCAAUUAAGAUAUGCAUUGUGAUCUGAUUGUGAUCAGAUCUUCCUUACCACCUCCAGAGGAUCCAUUGUAUCUUGUCGUUUGGAACUAGACUUGGCGCUCCGGUACCCCUACCUACAUGGAAUCAUAGACUAUCGUAUCCACGCAGCUUGGGGGCAGCCGUGACAACAAGAUGAGGCGAAAAUGUGCAUUGAUGUGUGCGCCGGAGCUACCAGGCCAUUAGUGAAUUAAGUGCGCAUUGUGCUUUAAUGUUAAUGUAUGUAUUGACUUCUAAGAUUAAAAUAAAGAGGAAAAUCAACUGUGUA